UAUUAUGUGUCGUUUAGAUGACAAUUAGCUGGUCUGCCUACAUUGGACAAUGUUAGCUAACGCCAUGCAGUUAAAAUAGCUGUCUAGCUAACGACGUUAGCGAGCUAGCAGAGGUCUGUCAAAAGCUUUCAAGCAUAUAACGUUAUCUGUUAGCUAACGUUAGCCUGGCUACAGUCAUUUAUCAGUAUGAAGUUAGCUAGCUAGAUAUUCUAAUCUAGAGGAGGAGAGCUAGAUAUUCUAAUCUAACUAGCUGCUACACACGAGAAGUUAGCAAGACCUUGAACACAAAAAAAACUAGCAGGAUCGCAAAAGUAGUUAGUACAGUAGCUAGCUGGCACGGUUGUCUAGUUGGCCAACGUUGUCGCUAGCCAACUAACGUUAACUAGGUUUCUAACUCGUUAACUAGCCAGAAAGCGUUGCCGUUGUCUUAGCAAGCUAGUCAUAUUUAAAGGCCUGUUGUAUAUUUAGGCCUCCCGUAUAGACCACAAUAUGAGCUAACGUUGGUUGACAGGCAGGCUGGAGGGCUUGCACGAUAAUUGAUGGACACGGAUUGAAAUAAUCUGACUAUGAAACUAAAAUAGCCAAAUAAUUGACUGACUAGCAAGGUAACUACCGAGUUAUCAAACAUUUUAGAACUAGUAGUUUGUUAGCUAGCCAUCACGAAAUAUUGUGCGCAGACGCUGGCUGACAUCUUCACCAGACACUUUUGUAUUGUGCGCUUGCUGAUAACUAAUAUUGCAAUGAUUGGUUGAUGCAAUACUGUUUUGUGGUAGUGCAUAGUUAGUUAGCUAACUACCUAUGCAGUUGCGAACUAACUAGUUAGCGACACUAUAUUUUCCAAUUUAGCUCUCCAAUGCUAGCCCGUGCUAGUUAAAUUAGGGACCAAUAGCAGGCUACCGGUCUCACACGAGUUGCAUGUACUAGUACCAAAAUCAUAAUGGAAAAGCACCAUGCAAUCUGCAGAGCUACAAUUGUGAAUGAGAUAUUCCCUAUCUAGUUAGUUAAUACUUAAAAGCCUUACACACACAUAUGUAUAUAUGUAUGUGUGUGUAUGUUAUAUCUGCUGGUCUACGUCAUGCUGAAGGUGGUCACAUUGGAGGAGAGCAGAGUUGCCCCAACUUGAUCUUGGGGCCUCCACUGGGUGCACGUUUCCCCCCCAUGCACUACACAGUUGAUUCAAAUAGCCAACUCGCCAAGCUUUGACUAUUUGAAUCGGCUGUGUAGUGUUGGGGGGACAAAACAACGUGUACCCAUUGGGGUGGGUUGUGGAAACCCUGGAGUAGAGAAGUGGUGCCUACAUUAACACACUUUAGCCUGUGAGGGAAAGAUGUAUUGACCACCUGGUGAAGUUAAAAGGUGUGCUGAGAUUAAUAUCGAAUUGGCCAGAGUUCAAGCCGGGGGCGGGGUAGAUGUCAGUGAUUUCAAUUUGUUAACAUGUGACACAUCACAUAUGUGACCAGGCUAGGUCUUGCUUUAGUGCUGGUUGGUUAUAUUCUUGCCUCCAGUGCUGGGUUCUAAUUCUAAAUGUAGAUGCCAUGCCAAAACAUAGGUCAGAGUCUGUGCCAGAUUUUGGGUUCACAGGUCAGGUGAUGAUCCCAUCUGGAAACAGGUUGCCAAAGCAGAUCAACCGACAGACCAAGCUGGUACAUCACCCUCGGUCUCAGUAGGACUGUGCACUCGCUGCUUGGUCGACCACGGUAACUCGCCACCAUGCCGUUCCCCUUUGGCAAGUCCCACAAGUCACCGGCGGACAUCGUCAAGAACCUGAAGGACAACAUGACCGUGUUGGAGAAACACGACAUCUCUGACAAGAAGGCUGAGAAGGCCACAGAGGAGGUGUCUAAGAGCCUGGUUGCGAUGAAGGAGAUUCUGUAUGGCACUAAUGAGAAGGAGCCCCAGACAGAGGCGGUGGCCCAGCUGGCCCAGGAGCUCUACAACAGCGGCCUGCUCAGCACCCUCGUAGCUGACCUGCAGCUCAUCGACUUUGAGGGUAAGAAAGAUGUGGCUCAGAUCUUCAACAACAUUCUGAGACGUCAGAUCGGGACACGGACGCCCACGGUGGAGUACCUCUGCACUCAGCAGAACAUCCUCUUCAUGCUGCUCAAAGGGUACGAGUCUCCAGAGAUCGCUCUGAACUGUGGCAUCAUGCUGAGGGAGUGUAUCAGACACGAGCCACUGGCCAAGAUCACCCUGGGGGCCGAGCAGUUCUACGACUUCUUCAGAUACGUGGAGAUGUCCACGUUCGACAUCGCUUCAGACGCAUUUGCAACUUUUAAAGACCUGCUAACGAGACACAAGAUUCUGAGUGCAGAGUUCCUGGAGCAGCAUUACGACAGGUUCUUCAGUGAAUAUGAGAAGUUACUCCACUCAGAGAACUACGUGACUAAAAGGCAGUCCCUCAAGUUGCUGGGAGAGCUUCUUCUGGAUCGACACAAUUUCACCAUCAUGACGAAAUACAUCAGCAAGCCAGAGAACCUCAAGCUAAUGAUGAACCUUCUUCGGGACAAAAGCCGCAACAUCCAGUUUGAGGCCUUCCACGUCUUCAAGGUGUUUGUGGCCAAUCCCAACAAGACACAGCCCAUCUUGGACAUUCUUCUGAAGAACCAGACCAAACUCAUCGAGUUCCUCUCCAAGUUCCAGAACGACAGGACGGAGGACGAACAGUUCAACGAUGAAAAGACGUAUCUGGUCAAACAGAUCAAAGAUCUGAAGAGGCCAGCACCCCAGGAGGCCUGAGCGAGGGGCUUAAGGUGUCCAGACAACAUCUGGAUAACAGACUUGUCAGCAGCUGCUGCUGUUCUAGUUUUUCCACCAUUUGAGGAAACGAAACUGAAGAAAAUAAUGCACCCACAUCAAGUCAUCAGGAAUUCUCCAACUCAUUCUGCUGUUCAACACAACGGACAUUAGAUUUUUUUUUUUCUGAUUUAUUUUUCUCCUUUAAAAAUAAGAGCUGAACAUAAUAGAUGCUGCACAUUAAUACAUGUGGAAGGGUAACAUCAACAACACAACAAAGGUCAUUUAAGCAAAUGGUAACAAUGAAAUCUACUACAUUUGAGCGCUAUGCAGACUUCUGACGCACACACAUAUGCUAUAAUAUCAGCAUAAACCUUGAGAUGGAAAGGUACUAGCAAAGUGAACAUUGGGGUGUUGGUUGCAUGCCUUGUUCAAAUGUGACAGAUACAUGGCUGUGCUUGGGGCUAAACGCUGGCUGAGAGAUUACAUUUCCAGUCUUGCCCUGUCUACUUAGUGCCACAGACGGCAAAAAGCACAUACCAGCGACAACUCUUAUCUAUGCCUUCAUCGUGUGCAACAGUGAUUCAUUUUAAAAUGGGCUCUCAAAUGGCCUCACUGAACCAUGCAGCUAUUGGUGUUGUGAAACAGUACGAAGCAGAUGGUAUGGAUAAAAUGCUAGAUAUUAUUUCGGUACAUGCCUGAAUUGGGUUUCUUUUUUUUGUUCUGGGAAAGGGUGAACGUGUACAUAUGCCAUUAGUGUUUUUUUGCUUUGUAGAUUUUGUUGAAAUGUUGACACAUGGCUAUACAGUACUAGCCAAAAAUUGUCACCUGCUCAUUCAAGUUUUUUUUUUAUUUUUUUAUUUUUUUAUAAAUGUGUACUAUUUUCUAUGUUGUAGAAUAAUAGUGAAGACAAAUGAUGAAAUAACAUAUGGAAUCAUGCAGUAACCAAAACAUUUGUACUUUUAGAUUCUUCAAAGUCGCCACCCUUUGCCUUGCUUGACAGCUUGGCAUUCUCUCAACCAGCUUCACCUGGAAUGCUUUUCCAACAGUCUUGAAGGAGUUCCCACAUGCUGAGCACUUGUUGGCUGCAUUUUGUUCAUUCUGUGGUCCAGCUCUUCCUACCCAUCUCAAUUGGGUUGAGGUCGGGUGAUUGUGGAGGCCAGGUCAUCUGAUGCAGCACUCCAUCACUCUCCUUGGUCAAAUACCCUUACACAGCCUGGAGGUGUGUUGGGUCAUUGUCCUGUUGAAAAACAAAUGAUAGUCCCCCUAAGCGUGAACCAGAUGGGAAGGUGUAUCACUGCAGAAUGCUGUGGUAGCCAUGCUGAUUAAGUGUGCCUUGAAUUCUAUGUAAAUAACUGACAGUGUCAUCAGCAAAGCACCCUCACACCACCUCCUCCAUGAGUCACGGUGGGAUCCACACAUGUGGAGAUCAUCCGUUCACCUACUCUGCAUCUCACAAAGUCAUGGCGGUUGGAACCAAACGUCUUUAAUAUGUACAGAUUUCCAGUUUAAUGUCCAUUGCUUGUGUUUCUUGGUCCAAGCAAGUCUUUCUUAUUGGUGACCUUUGGUUUCUUUGCAGCAAUUCAACCACGAAGGCCUGAUUCACGCAUCCCCUCUGAACAGUUGAUGUGUCAGUGUUACUUGAACUUUUAUCUGGGCUGCAAUUUCUGAGGCUGGGAACUGUAAUGAUCUUAUCCUCUCCUGCGUCUUCCUUUCCUGUGGUGGUCCUCGUGAGAGACAGUUUCAUCAUUAGCGCUUGAUGGGUUUUGCUACUUCACUUGAAGAAACUUUUUUUUUUUCUCCGCAUUGUCUGAAGUAAAUGUCUUUUUAAAGUAAUGAUGGACUGUCAUUUCUCUGCUUAUUUGAGGUGUUCUUGCCAUGAUAUGGACAUGGUCUUUUACCAAACAGGGUUAGGGUUCUGUAUCUUCUGUAUACCACCCCUACCUUGUCAUAACAGAACUGAUUGGCUAAAUGCAUGAAGGAAAUACAACAAAAUAUUAUUAUUUUUAAAGGAACACCUGUUAAUUGAAGUGCAUUCCAGGUGAUGACCUCAUGAAGCUGGUUGAGAGUGCAAAGCUGUCAAGGCCAAUGGUGGCUACUUUGAAGAAUCUCAAAUAUAUAAUAUAUUAAUUUGUGUAACACUUUUGGUUACUACCGGUACAUGAUUCCAUGUGUUAUUUCAUAGUUUUGAUGUCUUCACUGUUAUUCUACAAUGUUGAAAAUAGUCAAACUAAAGAGAACCCCUUGAAUGAAUAGCUGUUAACUUUUGACUGGUACUGUGUGUAUAUAUUUGACUUUAAAACAACAGUUUUUUUUUGUUACUUCUAAUCAAGUACAUUUUUAAAACCGUGACACGUAAAAUCAGACAUUAUGCGUUUCAUUUUACUGCAUUGAAAUGGUUUUUAUUUGUACAUGACUUCCAGCCAGGGCCAGCUCUUACAUUGUUAACCAUUAAUAAUAAUUAGUACAGCUGAGGAAUGUCAUGGUAUUAGCCUAGAUCUCUUCUUAAUCCUCUUUUUCCGUCUGUAUUUAAGUAACUCAGUUAAAAUGUGCUGGGUGCCAGGACAUUGGGGUGGAAGGGAAGAGUUCUAACGGAAACAUGAAAUUUGUGCUGAGCAGCCAGCCAAUGGUCACGUUGCAUGCAUCAGCCAAUGGUUGCGUGCCAUGUCAUCAAAAUGACAGAUUGCUAUAACAUGAUGGGGUUAGCUGAUAUGUAAAAUAUCUAUCCAGGCGUUAAAGAUCUGGCAGGCUUCAGCAACGCUUGGGCAGAGGAACACACCCUUCAUCUCCCAACUGGAAUCUGUUCUGGGUGUUUGUGCGGAUUUCAGGGAAUCGCAGCAUUCUCCCCCCGACUCAUCCACUCUGGUUUACUUUUAUACUCUAACUUUACCGCUUUCUGGUGGUGUCUGGGUGUUGCAACACUCUGAUUUUUAUCUCCCCCCUCCCAUUUCAUUGGGGUUAAAAUUCCAGUACAAUCCCAGAGCAUUGUGUAUGUUUACUUUUACACUGACUGAGCAAAUCUGCCAUUUGAAGCACAGUAUUUAUUUGAGGGAUGGAGUUGAUUGGAUGAUAUGAAGAUCUUGCAUAUAUGUCACUCAACAGUCAUGUUUAAUUGCAGUGCCGGAUAUGGUCAGAGUGAUGUUGAGCCGAGUGCUUUUGACUGAACGCUCAUCCAUGUAUUCCAAUAGACAACUGAUCAGCCAUUUCAUUGUGCAAACCAACAGAGAACAGUACGCUAAAGACCAGUAUUCCUCAAUGCAUAUUUAAAUAGCAUGUUCCUCUACUGGCUGCAUGGUACUCUACAUACAAUGUUGUGCUGGAAUUUUCUUCCAAAUAAAUAAUUUACAUUUGAGAAUAGCCAAAUAAUCAUGCUAUCUUUGACUCCAGUCCCAGCACAUUGUGUAUGGGUGCUUUCAGAAGUGUCAAAGGCUCUACAAUCUAAACAACAGAAAUAAAGGAAAAACAUUUGGAAUAAAUUGAA